GGUGUGUGUGCGUGUGUGUGGGAGCGCGGGUCCGCCUGUCAAGUGUGUGCGUGUGGGGAGGAAAGGGAGGGGGGGCGGCUGCUUACCGCCUCAUCUGCAAAGGGGCGGCUGCUUUCACCCCCCCCACACACCCCACCCCACACCCAAUCCCGUCGCCCCGUAACUCUGCUUCCUUCCAGUCCCCACCAAGUUGUUUAUUUGCUUCGCUGCCUGCUGGAGCCAUGGAAGUUGGUGGUUAGGAGGAUUCCCAGCGCCCCCACUGGAUACGGAAUGAGGGACUCCGAAUUCAAACGGACUUUUCUUCUGCUAGACGUGUAUGGGACUGCACUGCAAAAGUAGUAUAAAUCUUAUGUAAUGGUUCCCUCCCUCCCUCUACUUUAUCUACCCCGAGACUUUUUUAAAAAAGGCUAUUUGCAAGUUUUAAAAUAAUGGAGCCCAAAGAAUCGUUGAAACCCACCGGAGGGGAGGAAAGAGGGAAAAGUGCUCACUUUCAUCAAUCCUUUAGGGGUGGUGCUUCUGUCAAGACUCCUGUGUCUACCCUGUCUGCUUCAUCUCAAUCUGACUCCAAGCAACCUGUUCUGUGUGACUUGCCAAAGGGUUUAGGAAGCAAUGUGCCGCAGCCGGAUCUCUCCAAAGCAGUGUCACUUUCAAUGGGACUGUAUAUGGGUGAAACCGAUACAAAAGUAAUGGGAAAUGAACUUGGAUUUCCUCAGCAAGGCCAAAUCAGCCUCUCCACUGGAGAAACAGAUUUUAGACUCCUUGAAGAAAGCAUUGCAAGCUUGAAUAAAUCCUCUAGUCUGAUAGAAAGCUCAAAAGGAGUUGCUUCUACUGAUGUGUCCCUAGAAUCAGAGUUCCCAGCUAUGACUAGUCGUGAUCUUACUUUAAAUCAAGGGUCUUUAGCACAAGGCCAGGUUGACAGUAACAGUGGCAACUUGAAGCUCUUUUCGGAAGACCAAAGUACCUUUGAUAUUUUGCAAGAUUUUGAUUUGCCACCGGUGUCUCCUGGAAGAGAAACAAAUGGAAGCCCUUGGAGAAUUGAUCCUGUUCUGGAUGAAAGUAGCUUGCUUUCGCCUCUUGGUGGGGAUGAGAGUUUUCUUUUGGAAGGAAAUGAAAUGGAGGAUUGCAAGCCUCCCAUUUUACCGGACACAAAGCCUAAUAUUAAUGAAUGUGAGGAUCUUUUGUCAAGUUCUACAAUGCAGAUGCCACAAGUGAAAACUGAAAAAGAAGAUUUUAUUGAAUUGUGUACCCCUGGAGUAAUAAAACAGGAGAAAAUAGGCACAACUUACUGCCAGGCUAAUUUUUCUGGGUCAAGUAUGGUUGGAAAUAAAACAUCUGCCAUUUCUGUUCAUGGUGUUAGCACUUCUGGAGGACAAGUUUACCACUAUGAUUUGAACACUGCGUCUGUCACUCAACAGCAGGAUAAGAAACCAGUUUUCAAUGCCAUUCCAUCUCAUCCUGCCAGUUCAGAAAAUUGGAAUAGAUGCCAGGGUUCUGGAGAUGAUGCCCUUACACCAGUAGGGGCUUUGAAUUUUUCAAACAGAUCUGUCUUCUCCAAUGGAUAUUCAAGCCCUGGAGUAAGAUCUGAUGUGAGCAGUUCACCAUCUACCUCUUCAGCAACUACGGGACCACCUCCCAAGCUUUGCCUUGUUUGCUCAGAUGAGGCUUCUGGGUGUCAUUAUGGUGUCCUGACAUGUGGUAGCUGCAAAGUAUUCUUCAAAAGAGCUGUGGAAGGACAGCACAAUUAUCUCUGUGCUGGAAGAAAUGAUUGUAUUAUUGAUAAAAUUCGGAGAAAGAACUGCCCUGCUUGUCGCUACCGGAAAUGUCUUCAAGCUGGAAUGAACCUUGAAGCACGAAAGACAAAAAAGAAAAUAAAAGGAAUUCAACAAUCCAGCGUGCCUGCAGGAAGGGAUACUGCUGAAAAUCCCACAAACAAAGCUAUCGUUCCUGCCACACUGCCACAGCUGACUCCUACCCUAGUUUCCCUACUGGAAGUCAUUGAGCCGGAAGUGAUGUUUUCAGGCUAUGACAGCACAAUACCAGACACAACUUGGCGCAUAAUGUCAACUCUCAAUAUGUUAGGUGGAAGACAAGUGGUUGCUGCAGUGAAAUGGGCAAAGGCAAUACCAGGCUUCAGAAACUUGCAUCUAGAUGACCAGAUGACUCUACUGCAGUAUUCGUGGAUGUUUCUGAUGGCUUUUGCUCUAGGAUGGAGAUCAUAUAAACAGUCUAAUGGAAGUCUACUGUGUUUUGCUCCAGAUUUGAUCAUUAAUGAGCAGAGAAUGAAUCUACCAUGCAUGUAUGAUCAAUGCAAACGUUUACUGAUGGUUACUAAUGAGUUAGCCCGGCUUCAGGUUUCCUAUGAAGAAUAUCUCUGCAUGAAAACAUUGCUCCUUCUCUCGACAAUUCCUAAGGAGGGCUUGAGGAGUCAGGCUCUCUUUGAUGAAAUUCGUAUGACAUACAUCAAAGAGUUGGGGAAAGCCAUUGUGAAGAGAGAAGGAAACUCUAGUCAGAACUGGCAACGAUUUUACCAACUGACAAAACUUUUGGACUCCAUGCAUGAUGUGGUUGAGAAUCUUCUAACUUUUUGCUUCCAAACAUUUUUGGAUAAAUCCAUGAGUAUUGAGUUUCCAGAAAUGUUGGCAGAAAUCAUCAGCAAUCAGUUACCAAAAUAUUCAAAUGGGAAUAUCAAGAAGCUCCUAUUUCAUCAGAAAUGACUGCCUUAAUACAGAAAGGUUGCCUUAAGAAAAAAAAAAGUCAAAUUAUAUCUUCUUUUUUUAUAAACUAAGAGACUUGUUAAUUUUGUUAUUGUACCUAUAUUAGGUAUUUUUGGUUUUGUUUUGUAAUUAUGCACUACAUGUGGUUUACAGAGGGCCAAGAUCUAGCUUUCAGAAGACACCUCAACUGAAUGAAUACAAGAAAGAAAAAGAAAGAAGUAUGGCUUGGAAUUUUUCCUCUAUAUAUACCAUCAUGCUGGCAGUAUAGAAUGCAUCAAAAGCAGCAUUGUCAAAUUUGGAAUCUGCAUUGUCAACAUUCUGCUAGGAGUUUCUGCAGUUGGCUGGUUAAAUUUUUCUAGAUUUUUGUUUUGGUAUAGAUUGUUUUGUAUAGUUAAAGUAGCAUUUUUGAUUUAUGCAUGUAACAUGAGGAAAGUUUACAACUGUAUAUCAGAAAAGGGAAGUUGUGCCUUUUAUAGCUAUUACUGUCUGGUUUUAGCAAUUUCCUUUACCUUUAUAUACAGUGGACUAGCUUGCUCAUUUUUUCUUACAUAAUUUUUGUAAAACUUCAAGAUGCCUAUUGUACAGCUGUUUUUAAAGUGGGGCAGCUCAUAGCUUAAUGACUUCUAGAUAAUGAACUUCAAGUAUAAUCAUAUGAAUAUAAGGUGGCUUGUCUAAUAUGACUGUCCUAAUAACCCUUCUAAAUUUGGCCUAUAAUUGAGCCUUCUUCAGUGGGGAAUGGGGAUUGAAAUGUAUUCCAAAUCUAACCUGAACACUGGAAUUGCUUAUUUUUUGAUAUUGGUCAUGCAUGUUCUGUGAGCUACUAGAAAACUAGCUUUGUCUUAAACAAGUGUUAAUGAACACAAACAUUUUUUAAAGCAGCCUAGAUAUUUGCAUUUAAUGCAAUAGCCAUAAUUGUAAGAAUCUUGGGCUGGAUUGACAUUAAAAAUAUCAGUCUUGAUUGCCCAUCAGGAAACUUUCAGGAAAAUAUGCAUUAUUGUUUAAAAGUUUACUUAUACAUGGAGAAAUUAACUUUUUCCAUACACAAUUAUUGCCAUAUAAGUGUGUACUCCAAUGUGUAUCAGUGUAUAUUAUAUAUACAGUGGCCACAAUCCAGAGCAGCUAUAAUGUGCAUACCAAAAUCAAUGUGCACAGAAAUUGGCAUAUCUGUUCUCAGACAUAGCAGAACCUGUUCUUUUAAAAUAUGUAUGUAGAAAAAAAAAACAGUAUUGGUAGCCUAUUCAUAUUUUUCAGAACAAAUAACAAAUUUACCUCUUGGAAUCUCAGAAUUGGUAUAUACUAAAGGGAAACCUCUUCCCUCAAAUGUGAUCAGAACUGCUGGAAAGUAGGGUGAAAAGUUUCAAACUUAAUAUGAUGGGCAGUGCAUAUCCAGUGGAUUAGGUCCCCUGGAGUCUAAACCCCACCUAUUCUUGCAGUAGCUAUGUUGAUUCCCAAUAAACCAGUUCAGCAAGCUGAAAAAAGCCAGUUUCUGUUGUUAGACUGCACACUGGAUUGAAGGCAAAUGUAUACAAAACCUGACUCCAUUUUAAGUUAGAAAUUGAUGACUACAUUUCUCUGUGCGUGUAUGGGUGAUAUACACACAUACACACAUACACAUACAUACAUGCACACACAAACACAUAUACAUACAUUAUAUAUAAAUACAUAUAUAUAUAUAUAAACCAGGAUUUACAAAAUAAUUGUACCUCUACCCUGUAUAUGUUUCUAAUGGUUCUUAAAAGAUUUUAAUUCAGAUAGGAUUUUUAGCUUUAUGCAGAAAAGAAAAUAGACCAAACUACAAGAAGAAGAAAAAACUUUUAUGGAAAAUUAAAAUCCUUGUAUAUGGCUUCACUUCCGUUUUUCACUCUCUCUCUCAAGUGAACCAAUCUGAAGAACACCAAGAUUCCACUGCUGAUUUUGUGCUUUAGAAUAGUACUUGGUCUCUGUACAGCUCCAGUCCUUCUCUAUCAAACUCCUAGUGUGCCAUAAAACAACCAUAUAUGUCUUGUGAUUUUUUUUCCUUGUUGUUUUAAACAAUUUGUAAGCUGUAGUAGCCCAUCCUCUGAGCACCUUAAGAAUUUUCAGUAAAUUUAAAAUACUAUGCCACUCUAAAUGUUAAAAACAAAACAAAAAAUAUUUUGAGUGGCCAAAAUAAAACAAGAGGUAUAAGCGCUUAACAAGCAUUAACAAUCAUAACAUGAUAUGUUACUAAUACAAUUUUGUUUAAUUAAUACUUUCAAAUGUAUAGAAUCUGAUAGUGUUUGAAGAAAAAAGGAAGGGCUAAUACAGCUUUAAAUACAGUUUAUCAACUUAUUGUAUAAUAGCUUGUAUAGUGUAUCAUAAGAAAGGUUUUUAGAUGACAGAUUGCUUUAUCAUGACACAUAUAUUUUUUCUAGGGGUCACAAAUGUGUUGAUAUGGUAACCCAUAAAAAUGUGGUUUGUCUGGAAGUAUUAGUCUUCACAGCAUUGUGCUGCAGUAUCUAAGAGGUACUCUAAUUUUAUUAUGUCUUUCUGUUAUUUCUCUUUUCCUUAUUGUUCUAAAUGAAUUUAUCCAUAUUCAAUGGAAGCUCCUGGGGCAGAAAUGUAAAUCCAUUAAACCAUUGGGGGGGGGAGGUUGGAAAUUAAGUAUGAUAAUCCAACCUAUGUGUUUGGUUUCCCCACAUUCCCCAAUUGAAUCUGUAGAAUCUGGGUGGGUUUAUGAAAGCCCUAUAUACAUACACAAGCACACGCAUACACAGACAAAACACACAGAAGAAGAAGAAAUGAAAUAGCGGGCUCCUGUAUGCCUUAGCCUAUAUGUUCACACCAUCAACCUGUGUGAUUACUUUUAAAUAUUCUCUCUGAGUAAAGCAAAACAGACCAAUUUUGCAAUAAAAUGCAUAUAGGUACCAGCAAUAUGUAAAUAUAGAUCAUAGUUUGAACAAAGUCAAAUACAUUUCUAAUUAUUCAACAAAAUUGCUCCUUGUAAAACAAGAGAUUUUACCUGAGCUAUUUUUGUCUUGUCUUAAUCCUCUUUAAAAAUGUGAGGCUUAUAAAUGAAAAUCUCCUGGGCGCUGCAUUCAGUACUUGGGAAUAAAAUAGAAAAUGUAAUGAAAGGAAAUUUUUUUCUUUAUGGUAUCUGUACAGUUCCAGAGUUAGGAGCUGUGAACAGCUGCUGCAAAUUUUUCAAAACAGCUGGCUAGCCCUGAGAUGCAGUUGCAAAAACCACAGAGUAGAUGCCCGUUUCACAUAAUCCUCUUCUGACUAUCGCACAGGGAAAAUAGCUUUCUCCAUCACCAGUUGCUUAACCAUGGUUUAUUGAAUAGACCAGAGUUUGCUUGGUUCACUUAGCAAAACCAAGCCAUGUUUUCUUGAUAUCCCUGUAGGGGUUUACAAAGCCUACUAAGCCAGAGAAACCACAUGUUGGAAUAGCAUUUUGUGUAAAGCCAGCAUUCUGCAUGAUUUUCUCUUCAGGUGCUAUUCACGUAGCAGUUCCAAAUAUUACUGCUCAAGUGAUAAUUUACAAGAUACCCAGAAACAGGCACAUAAUCUGUGCUACUGAAUAAGCUUGUAAACAUUUAAUUGUUUAGCCAUUUACUUAAGUAUCAGUGAAUAUUUUAACAAUAGUACGCAAACUAUUGAAAAUCUAUUUUGACUGUUUUUGGUUAACACUAACAGGUUUCAGUAUUUACUUUCAAAAAUGCACCUGGAAGGAUAACACACAAGGAGGAUACCAGAAAUUAUAGUUGGAAAGUGACAUGUAUUAAAUAUUUUCACCCCCACUGCAAAGUUUAAGAAAGCUAGGAAUGUGUGAUUAACAAAUAUGUGUGUGUGAGAUGAUGGUUUACCAACACAAGUGAGGUAUCCUGUGUCUGUGUGAAGACAAAGUCUAGGUUGGAAAGAGGCUUUUAUUCUAUGUAAAAUAUUUGUUGAAUUUAUGAAUUUCUUAAACAUAGAAAUGCUGAUUUUAGAAAAUUUCAGUUUAAAUGUGCUAAAUGAUUUUAAACAAAAGCCAUUUAAAUAUAUAAGCAUUUAACAAAA